AUGAGCAAUAACUCUCACCAUGAAGUUUUGGUGCUAGGAAUUAUUAUUAAGCACAAAGAUAUCCCCAUUGUCAAAGCCAACAACCGGGAUCUCACCUACACUCUCCUUGUCUCCCUCUUCUUUUGCUUCCUCUUAUCUUUGCUCUAUCUUGGACAGCCCACAAGGAUGACCUGCUAUCUCCAGCUAUCUGCUGUUGACAUGACCUUUACAGUUGCAAUGUCCUGCAUGCUGGCCAAAAGCAUCACAGUGAUAUUAGCUUUCCUGGCCAUCAAUCCAGGGUCCAGCUUGAAGAAGUGGGUGGAUUUUUACGUGCAGUCAAUGAUUGCAGAGAUCAUUGCAGGAUGUAAUCAAGGAUCUGCCAUGUUGUUUUGCCUUGACCUGACCUACAAUGGGAUUCUGUCCAGCAGCAUCUUAACUGAGCCUUUCCUGGCUAGGAAAUUGCUGGACACUUUUAAUGAAGCAAAGUUCAUCACCUUCAGUGUCAGCAAUGAUACCUCACUAUUACUGCAAUCUGACAUUCUAAUGAAGAGAAAUUGCAAGCAAUUGCACAAAACAUUUCUUCACAGACAUAAUGGUAGACAGAUGGUUUAUGAAGCAGAGGCACUUCCAGCAGCAGAAAGGGAGUUUUCUAGUGAAAGAACAUUUAACUCUCUCUGCAGUAUGGUGACAAAGUUCUACCAACAUGUCCUGGCCUUGGCAUUUGCCAUUAAGGAGAUCAAUGAGAACCCCAAGAUCUUGCCCAAUGUCACUCUGGGGUUCCGCAUCCAUGACAGCUACAAUGAUGCAUCAAUGACCUAUCAUACAACUCUGGGCCUGCUCUUCAAAUCCCAAAGAUUUCCCCCCAACUAUAAAUGUGAUGCCCAGGACAAGCUCAUAGCCAUCAUUGGGGGUCUUUCCUCUGAUGUCUCCUUUCGCAUGGCAGAAAUCUUACAUCUCUAUAAGAAGCCACAGCUUACUUAUGGCUCUUUUGCCUCUAAAGAGGAUACAUCACCUCAUCCUUCCUUUUAUCAUAUGGCCCCAAAUGAUGCCCAUCAAUUUAUGGGGAUUAUCCAGUUGCUUCAACAUUUUGGAUGGUCCUGGGUUGGGCUCUUUGCUGAGGAUGAUGACAGUGGGGAUCAUUUCUUGCAGACCCUGGAGCCAUUGCUUUCCCAGAAUGCAAUCUGUUCAGCCUUCACGGAAAGAAUCCCCAGACAAGUCAAUUGGCCAACCAUGAAUGGAAUGAACAAUCAUAUGUUUCUACGCUUUACAGACAGAAAAGCUCAUAUAUUUAUCACCUAUGCAGAAACACUGACUUUUAUGUGGCUGUGGUACUUAAUGAAGCUUAAUGUUGCUGAGUAUGAAGGAAAUAAUUUCCUUGGAAAGGUGUGGAUUCUAACAGCCCACACUGAUUUUGUAGUCACCAAAUUCCAAAGUGUCUUGGAUUUCCAACCAUUCAAAGGUGCAUUUUCCUUCCAGAUCCGCUCAAAUGAUGUUUUAGGUUUCCAGGCUUAUCUUCAGAAUGUAAAACCUAAGCAGUCCCAAGGAGAUGGUUUCCUUGAGCCCUUCUGGGAACAAGCCUUCAAAUGUUCAUUGCCAGAUCCCAGGAUUCUGAUGAAGGUUGAUGGAGUGUGUACUGGGAAUGAGAGGCUAGAGAACCUCCCUGGACCUGUUUUUGAAAUGAGCAUGACUGGUCACAGCUACUGUAUCUAUAAUGCUGCCUAUGCUGUGGCACAUGCUUUGCAUGCCAUGGACUCCUCUAGAUCCAAAUCCAGAGCAAUGGUGGGGGGUAGAAGGCGUGACAUUCAAGAUCUCCACCCCUGGCAGCUCCACCCAUUUCUUCAAGGUGUUUCGUUUAACAACUCUGCCGGAGAAAGAGUGUCUUUUAAUGAAAAGUGGGAACUGGGAACUGGAUUUGAUAUCAUGAACCUCCACACGCUGCCAAACAAUUCCUUCCUUAGUGUGAAAGUUGGGAAGGUAGAUCCCAGUGAAGGAAAAACUUUGGUCAUGGAUGAGGACCAGAUUGUGUGGCACAGGAGUUUUAACCAGAUGUGGCCCCUUUCUGUCUGUAGUGACUCCUGCCAGGCUGGAUAUCAGAAGAUCAAGAGGGAUGGGGAGAAAUUUUGCUGCUACGAUUGUGUUCCGUGCCCUGAAGGGAUGGUUUCAAACCAGAAAGACACAGAUGAUUGUCUCCAAUGUCCAGAAGAUCAGUAUCCAAGCAGGAACAAAGAUCAGUGCAUCCCUAAAGUUAUAACUUCUCUCUCUUAUGAAGAACCUCUGGGGAUCAGUUUUGCUUCUAUUGCUGCUUCUUUUUCCCUGGUCACAGUUUUGGUGCUAGGAAUUUUUAUUAAGCACAAAGAUACCCCUCUUGUCAAAGCUAACUACCGCAAUUUCACCUACAUUAUCCUUGUCUUGCUCCUGCUUUGCUUCCUCUUGACUUUGCUCUUUCUUGGACAACUUACAAAGAGGACCUGCUAUCUCCAACGCUUUGCUUUUGGCAUACUCUUUACUGUAGUGAUGUCUUGUAUCUUGGCAAAAAAUAUCACUGUUGUGGUAGCUUUCUUGGGAACCAUGCCAGGGUCCAGCAUGACAAAGUGGAUGGGUAAGAGACUGAUCACCCCAAUUGUCCUUUCUUGUUCCAUUAUUCGAGCAGCCAUUGAUGCUGUGUGGCUAGGAGUAUCUCCCCCUUUCGUAGAAUUUGACAUGCAGUCAGUGACUGGAGAGAUUGGGGCAAAAUGUAACAAAGGUUCUGUCACAAUAUUUUACAUUGGCCUGGCCUAUAAUGGACUUCUUUCCAUCGUCAGCUACACAGUGGCAUUCCUGGCCAGGAAGUUGCCAAAUCUUUUUAAUGAAGCCAAGUUCAUCAGCUUCAGUUUGUUGAUGUUUCCUAUUGUUUGGCUGUGCUAUUUCCCCACCUACCAGAGCAGCAAGGGGAAAUACAAGGUGGCUGUGGACAGCUUCUCCAUCAUAGCCUCCAGUGCUGUGUUACUGGGCUGCAUCUUUGCACCCAAGUGCUACAUAGUUGUGCUGAGGCCUGCACUGAACAACAAGGAGAAACUUAAAAGGAGAAAAAGACUUCAAUAA